AUGCAGUUCAAGUCGCUCGCUUACGUCCUGCUCGGACAGUCGGCCCUCGUGGCCGCCCAGUCGGCGACCACCACGGCGCCCGCCGCCUCGGCCACCUGCGAGCCGCACGAGGACCACUGGCACUGCCCGGCCGGCGUGCCGCAGCCGUCGCUGAACCCGGACGGCUCCGUCAACACCAAGGCCACCCAGGGCGCCGGCGGCAGCGCGACCGCCUCCGCCACCGCGAGCAGCCACGACCAUGAUCACGACCACGACCACGAUCAUGACACCACCCCCGCGGCCUCGGCCAGCGGCAGCGCUGCCACCGGUUCCACCACCCUGGCCACCACCACCGUCGCCACGGGGCCCAACGGCUGCACGCCGCACAACGACCACUGGCACUGCCCCUCCGGCGUCCCCAAGCCCACCACGCCGCCCCCGGGCUACACCCCCAAGUCCACGUCGGCGGCCUCGAGCGUCUCCGGCGGCGCGUCCCCAAGCGCCACCGCCUCGAGCACUCCCACCACCGGCGCCGCCGGUCGCGCCGGCCCGCUCGGCAUCUCCGUCGUCGUCGGCGGCAGCCUCCUCCUCGGAGCUCUGUUCCUGUAA